UAAAAGUAAAUAUUCAGUUUUAUGCAGUAAUUUGGAAAUCUAUAAUAAAUAAUUUUUAUAUUUGAGAAGAAAUUUCGUCAUUCUCCUCUCGUCCUUUAGUACUCCGCUGAUAUUUUUCCCUUGGAAUAAAGACAAGAAGACGUAGUGAUGUCGGCGUCUUUGGACUCUUCGUUGGACCCGAUGGAGGAGAUUAGGUUCAGAAAGAAGCACUCGCGUUUUUGGAUUGAAAUUCAAAAGGAAACUCAUUUUACGUUCGAUGAGAUAGAAAAAAUCAUGAUCAUUUUCUUCAAAAUACAAAAACGCGAUGAAAAGGUUAUUGCAUCGGAUCAUAAUAUAUCGAGGCAGCAUUUCCGUGACGUGCUGCACACUGGUCUGGGCAUGACGGAUUCAUACAUGAUGGAUCGUGUGAUGGUGGCUUUAGAUAGGGGCACCACUCCAUACGUUACCAUGGCAACGUUCGCGAAGGCUAUGUCCCUUUACCUCCGUGGGACACUCGAUGAGAAGAUCAAAUACGCUUUUACUUGCUACGAUCUGCUUGGCGAGGGACAUCUUCGGAGAGAAACGAUGUACCAGCUCAUGAAGAAAAGCCUGGCUAAAGCCUCCCGCAAUGAUGACGUGGAAGAAGCUGUCAAAGAGUUUGUUGAUAUUAUGCUCAAGAGGAUGGACAUGGAUUUAGAUGGAGUGAUCAAUUUUGACGAUUUCCAAAAAUCCGUGAGACAGACCCCAUCUCUAUUAGAGGGCCUCGGCUACUGUCUACCGGAGAGACCAGCAGUCUACUCGUUUUUGGCUACCUGGUGUCCAAAUUGGAGUAAAAUGUAAAACGAUGUUUUUUUUAUGUAUUGAUUUGACUCAUUUCAUUUUCUAAACAUAUUUUUUGUAUUAUAUCUAAUGGGGAUAUUAAUAGCAAUAUUACAAUGAUUACACAUUUUAAAAUACAUUA